GACUGAUCGCGCCUGGCCGAGCGCCGGCCCCGCCUGCGGGCGGUGCUGCGGCCGGCACGGCCCCGCCGCCCCCGGCUCCGUCCCGGCUCCGUCCCGCAGCGCCUGGGCUGCUCCGCGCCGCGCCGAGGCACCACCAUGGCUGUUCUCUCCAAGGAAUAUGGCUACGUCAUGCUGACCGGGGCCGCCAGCUUUGUCCUGGUCAUGCACCUCGCCAUAAACGUGGGCAAGGCCCGCAAGAAAUACCGUGUGGAGUACCCAGCCAUGUACAGCACAGACCCUGAACACGGGCAGAUAUUCAACUGCAUCCAGCGCGCGCACCAGAACACAUUGGAAGUCUACCCUGCCUUCCUGUUCUUUUUAGGCACUGGUGGACUCCACCACCCGCGAGUGGCCACAGGGCUUGGCAUUGCCUGGAUCGUUGGGAGGCUCCUCUAUGCCUAUGGCUACUACACAGGAGAUCCCAAAAACCGAAGGAGAGGGGCCCUUGGUUCCGUGGCACUCCUUGGGCUGGUGGGCACAGGCAUCUAUUCAGCCUGCCAGCACCUGGGCUGGGUCUGCCAGCAAGGCUGCAGAAGCUAAAGGGACUUUUCUUCUGUUUUCUUUUAGAACACUUGGCUUCCUGUGUUUUUUUUCCUUUUCUUUCUCAAUAAAAGGAAGUUGUCCAUUCUGUAUUUUCA